GCGAUUUCGCUUCAAUAUCAGCCAGAAACUACAGGCCUUGGCUAAGCUGGGACCCGCUCCAGUUGCUCGAGCGGAAUUGCCAUAAAUACACUUGCACUUACACUUGAACGCAGCGUUUGCCGAACGGGUCACCAUGGCUGUGCAGUUUUCUAGUCAUAGACAAAGAUGGGCCGUCUUCUCUGGAGGCAACAAGCGUAUGGCGCACCGGCCUGUGCUUGCUCAGGCCAAAGCCGCGGCCACUGUUGCGCCGGUAGCAGGCGCUGCAUCGUCCGGCGUUAGUCAGGCUGAGCUGCGGGAGCGCGUUACCUUCUUCAACACCAUGUCCAAAUCCAAGGAGCUCUUUCGGCCCCGCCUGUCUGACGGCAGUGUGUCCAUGUACGUGUGCGGCGUCACAGUGUACGACUACUCCCACAUCGGCCACGCGCGUGUGUACGUUGCCUUUGACGUGCUGUACCGCUUCCUGUCCGCCGCCUGCGGCUACAAGGUCACCUACGUGCGCAACUUCACGGACAUUGACGACAAGAUCAUCGCACGGGCGCAGCAGUCAGGUGUGGAGACGUCGGAGCUCACGGAGCGCUUCAUAGACGAGUUCAACAAGGACAUGGCCGCCCUCAACGUGCUGCCACCUGCGCUGGAGCCUCGCGCCACGGCCUUCGUGCCGCAAAUGAUCUCCACGAUCACCGACAUCAUCGCCAACGGCCACGCCUACGCGGUGGAUGGCGGCGACGUGUUUUUCGACGUGGCUAGUCUGCCCGGGUACGGACGGCUCAGCGGCAGGCAGCAGGAGGACAACAGGGCGGGUGAGCGUGUGGCGGUGGACAGCCGCAAGCGAUCGCCGGCGGACUUUGCGCUGUGGAAAGCGGCCAAGCCGGGAGAACCCGCCUGGCCCAGCCCCUGGGGCCCUGGCCGGCCCGGCUGGCAUAUUGAGUGCAGCAGCAUGAUCCGCGAGCUGAUGGGGCCCGUCAUCGACAUCCACGGGGGUGGCCGUGACCUGGUGUUUCCGCACCACGAAAACGAGCUGGCUCAGAGCCAGGCGGCAUGCGGCUGCGGCCAACACGGACACGAGCACGGACACGAGCACGGUGGGCAGCAGGGCGGCGCGUCUACCAGCGGCGGGGAUGGGUCCCAGUCCCAGCUGCACAACGGCACGGACUUUGUUCGGUACUGGCUCCACAACGGCUUUGUUAAUGUGGACAGCGAGAAGAUGUCCAAGUCACUCGGUAACUUCUUCACCAUCCGCGACGUGCUGGCCCGCUACCACCCGCUGGCCCUGCGCUGGUUCCUUGUGUCCAGCCAGUACCGGGCGCCGCUCAACUACAGUGAUAAGGGGCUUGAGGACGCCAGUGGGAGGCUGUACUACGUGGCUCAGGCGCGGCUGGACGUGGUGGAGGCACUGCGGGCGGCUGGCGAAGAGGGCCAACGGGCGAUGGCGGAGGCGGAGGUGGUCAUGGCGCAGGCAGCAGCCAAUGCCAACUCCACACCUACCUCUGAAGCGGCGGCACAGCAGGAGGCGGCGGCAGCAGCCCCCAGCGGCAAAGGCAAGGGCAAGGGCGGCGCUGCUGCCGCUGCCGCUCCUGCCGCUGGCCCGGCCCUGCUGUCCGAGGUGCUGUCAGCCCUGGCUGACGACCUCAACACCCCCGCGGCGGUGGGCGCCCUCAGCGCCCCCCUGCGCACCAUUAACGACCUGCUGACCACCAAGGCAGGGCGCAAGCGGCCUGACCGCCUGGCAGUCCUGGCCCAGCUGCACUGCGCCAUGUGCCGCGUCAUGCAGCUGCUGGGCAUGGAGCUGGAGCUGGAGGCAGGGGCGCGGGCGGAGGCGGCGGGGGCCUCCGUUGGGGUGGCGGCCGGGGCGGCGAGCGGGCUGGCGGCCUCGGCGGCGGCGCUGGAGCAGCUGCUGCAGGAGCUCCGUGCGCUCGCGCUGGUGCGCCUGGACAUGACGGAGGAGGCGGUGCAGGCGGCCAUUCAGGAGCGCACUGAGGCCCGUGCGGCCAAAGACUUUGCUCGCUCGGACGCUAUCCGCGUGGAUCUGGCGGCCAAGGGCGUACUGCUGCUGGACACGCCGGAGGGCACCUCCUGGCGCCCAGGCAGCGCGGCCAGCCUGUGAGCCUGUGAGCGCGGUGGCGUACGCACGAGGCUGUCGCAGCAAAGGCCUCUGGUGACAGGACGCACAUGUUGUAACCCAGCCGCGGUAUCGCAGUUCGUAGUGAGAAGAAAUGCGGGGAGUGUGUCAGAGUCGCUGCAGGCAUGUUUGAGUCGACGAUAGGACAGAGAGGGCGGUGAAGAAGGUGGAGUCGCUGACCUUGCGACCAUCUGUUGUUGUUAUGCUUGUUAUGCUUGCUGGCUUGGCGGCAGUCGUCCUGCAUGCGGAUGCAUGGGGGUGGAAUGCGGAUGCAUGGGAGCGGAGCUGGGGGAUGGAGUAGGAGGAGGUGCGCGGUUCCCAAUCAUGUCGUCCGGCCUAGGAUUGUGAUGUGAGGAGAGUUGUCAAACCGUUUGUUCAGAGCUAGCCCUCUUACACCCAGGGAGGCUUUGAUCGUUCCAUUUAUCGCCUGUACUAGGCGUAGACCAAACACAUUGUUGCUUCGUGGGAACGCGGCGAAUGCGAUAGAGCCUUUGAUGCCCCUGGUCGGCUGGACAGAGACAGUACGCUGGCGUGGGUGGGCCGUGCUUGGCUGUGAUUGAAGAAGUGCAAAAGCUGUUGACUGUUAGUGCGUUACUAGUUACUACCCGCCUUCAGCACUGUAGCUGCCUGGG